CUCUUCUCAUAGGGAGGGAGAGGAGACUGUGACGUAAUUGCGAAAACAAACUUGACUUCAUACUUUAUGGUACACUUUACUUCCAUAAAGUAAACUCAUUAAAGUGAUUCCCCUAUUUCCCUGCAAUUUGAUGUGGGUUUAAAUAAUAAAUUAAGAACAACAUUUAAAUACUUGAAGAAGUGAUAAAAGUGUCGAAUUGCACCAUGACAUUUUUAAAGAAGAAUAAAGUUUUCAAUAUUGUUUAUAAUUAGGUAUUUAUGAAUUUGAACUACCUACUUUUUUAUCGUACAUGGAUGCAUCAUACGCUCUGCGGUCCCUUUUAAAUAUAAAGCUCCUCCUCCUGCGUUGAGACACGUGAUAAUAAACAAACAUGGCGACCAAAGGCACCUGCACAACUUCUCUGGCUGUGUUAGCACUUAUUUCUGCACUUGUAGUCGGGUUUUAUGGCGCCGGUUCGGGUGUUAUAUGGCCGGUCGUGUUUCUGACGGCUGUGACCUUGCUGGGGUCGCUGUGGCUGCGGCGGAAGGAUGGCGGGACUGACCGGCGGGUGUGUGUGCUGGUGCUGGGGGAUCUGGGUCGCAGCCCCCGGAUGCAGUAUCACGCUCUGUCCCUCAGCAAACAUGGGUAUAAUGUUACUUUUGUUGGGUUUUUAGAUACCAAACCCCAUCAAGACGUGUUGAGAGAGGAAAAGAUAAAGCUGGUGCCAAUAGCAGAGGUUAAAGGUCUCCGAGUUGGACCAAAAAUCCUGACGUAUGUGACGAAGGUGAUCCUGCAGUGCCUACAGCUCCUUUACGUGCUGCUGAGGAUGGAAACACAGUCCCAUAUAUUAAUGCAGAAUCCCCCGGGGCUGCCUGGCAUCGCGAUGGCGUGGCUUGUGUGUGUUCUGCGUGGCAGCAGGUUCGUCAUCGACUGGCACAACUACGGCUACACCAUCAUGGCUCUGAGCCAAGGGGACACACACCCUGUGGUGAGGCUCGCAAAGUGGUACGAGCACUUUUUCGGACCGCUGGCUUCUUGCAACCUGUGUGUCACUAACGCAAUGAAGGACGACCUGCAGAAGAACUGGGGCGUCAAAGCGACAACGCUGUACGACUGUCCGCCCUCCAUCUUCAGAGAGACUCCUCUGAAGCUGCAGCACGAGCUCUACAUGAGACUCGCCAGCACAUAUCCUCAGUUCCAGAGCAAAGGGUGUGAGGAGGAGAAGCAGGUGGAGCGGUCCGUGUUCUCAGAGUGUGUUCUGCCUGAGGCGGCAGUGACGUUGAGGGCGGAGCGGCCGGCGCUGCUGCUCAGCAGCACCAGCUGGACCGAGGAUGAAGACUUCUCUGUCCUAUUAAAGGCUCUUGAAGAUUAUGAAGGUUUUAUAAAAGCAGGAGCUUCGUUACCAUCUUUAGUGUGUGUGAUCACAGGUAAAGGUCCUCAGAAGGAAUACUACAGGAAGCUGAUUGACACUCUGCAGUUGGAGCAUGUGCAGAUCUGCACGCCGUGGCUGGAGGCCGAAGACUAUCCUGUGUUACUGGGCUCAGCAGAUCUGGGUGUGUGUCUGCACAAGUCCUCCAGCGGUCUGGAUCUCCCCAUGAAGGUGGUGGACAUGUUCGGCUGCUGCCUGCCCGUCUGCGCCAUCCACUUCCACUGUUUACACGAGCUGGUGAAGCACGAGGAGAACGGCCUGAUCUUCAGAGACUCUCAGGAGCUCGCUGAGCAGCUCAAGUCUCUGCUCUCAGAGUUCCCCCGUUCAGAGGGCCAGCUGGGGGCCUUCAGAGGGAAUCUACGCCGCAGCAGGGGGCCACGCUGGGACGACAACUGGGACCAGAAUGUCCUGCCUCUCCUCUCCACUCCCUGAGGGACACCAGGAGGGACUUUUAAUGGACAAUACUAAUUUUUCAGACCAAAGUGCAACUCAAUCUCAUCCUUUAAAUUCUGCCUUGUUACAUUAGAGAAGAGGACUCUGUUUAACUUUAAAAAAUGAAACGCAGCAGAGAUAACUUAAUUCCAGCACUUUUUUAUUACUUCAGAGCACUUGAAUGUAUACAAAGGACACUUUGAUACGAUGUACAUUUGUAAAUAAAAUCUUUAUAGUGCAACAGUCA